AGCGUCCCGGUCUCCGCUGCAGCUGAAACGCCGGCUGCCGUCAGCCUCGCGGGGCUCGUUCUGAACCCGCCGGCACCCGUGAUUUUAAUGCACUUUUUCCCAGUUGUAAAAUGGCGUUUUCAUACGUGACCUUGCCUCAGAGGACUGAGACCACAGCGGGGUUUUUCUUCCCGCUGCACCCAUGGAUUUAUGUCUCUCCGCAGCGUCCCGCACUGCAACGGCACGAGCGCAGGAUGAAUUAAAAGUCGGACGCGGCUUGAAGCUGAAGGAGCAGAACAACAGGAGAAAUAGGAGCCUGCUGUAGCCUGAUACAGGGCUAAUGGUCAGCAUGACCUACAUACCACACAGCUUAAUGGAGGCAUCUCCAGGACAUCUCUGCUGUGUGGAUAUAAUGGAGAGUAACUGAUGUUACACAGUAAUAGGGGACCUUGAUGUUUAUUUGCUACUGUAGAACUAUGCAUAACCAGACACAUGAAUGUGCAAAUGACUAACCCAUGCAGUGGAAGUCCUAUAUGCAAAACAAGGGAACAAGACCAACUGCUAUGCUUUGCAUGCUGAUGUUUUUCUGACCUUUGGUAAUGCUCUGACAGGUCGAAGAGGAAACCAAAAGAAAAAAAUUAACCAACAGGCCUGAGGCGUCUGGGCAUUGCACUCCCCCUGCCUCUUUCUCUAUGAAUGGCUGAACUAAGAACUCAGCUUUCUGGAUUUGCCUCCACCUCAUGAGGCCCGCCUGGGAAGCCGGGCUGAGGGCUCUUUUAGGAUUGUAGGGAGGCAAACUCUGCCAUGAACAGUCAAGCAAUAAAACCUGAAAUUUAAACUCAAAUACGUGUUUUUACUGGAGAAAUAAAGCGUCUUCAUUAUGCUUCUGAACUGUGGCCAGCCGUUGCCUCUCUUGAGGCACACCGAUGUGCCACCUCGGGUGAUAGAAAACUUCAUUCUGACCGGCUACCGCUUCCCCAACUACAGCCUGAGGGAUUGUUUGCUGUCGGCGUUCAGACCCACUAACGAAACGGGCAACUUUUGGACGCACUUCCUGCCUGUUUUCAUUUUUUCUUAUUAUUUUGUGGAGGUGUUCGGAUGGGAAGGCGCACCAAAUGGCGAUGCCUCAUUCUUUUAUCCAAUGUGGAACUACUUCAUCGGGGUGUUCUGUUUGCUGAUGGCUAGCAGCAUGGCCCACCUGCUGAACUCCAUGUCUCUGGUGGUGAGAGAAGUUUGCUUCUUUGUGGAUUAUGGCACGAUCAGCGCCUACACGGUUGGCUCGUCGCUGGCGUACUACUACUACAUCCACCCUCGGGCAGGGAUCGUGGAGAAAAGAGGACUCAACAGCUCCCACAUGCACCUCGAGGAGGUCCUUGCAUCAUAUGCAAUGCCUGGGCUUGACUCGUUCUUUGGGACCUUCUACAUCCCGUGCGCAUGUAUUGUCGCAAUCAUUUGCGUUUUAUCGUGCUGCAAUACUCGCCAGAGGUGGAGGGAGCAUCGGUACAUCAUACGGACCCUGGUUUUCCUCCUGCCAUUCCUUGUCUCUUCCACGCCUGUCUUCUACCGCCUCACCACCAGAUCGCCUUACACCGCCACCUCCUCUUCCUUUGCCGCUUCCACCACCAUGUCCACCUUCUUUUACCGCCACUGCCUCUGGCUGCUGGUGUCGGCACUCUUCAACAUCAGCAAGAUUCCCGAGCGCUUGGCACCUGGUCGCUUCGACAUCUGGGGCCACAGCCACCAGUGGUUCCACUGCUGCACCUUCCUGUCCAUUCUAGAUGAACUUCACAUGAUCAAGGCCGAAGUGAAGGCCAUCCUGCUCAGUCCGGAUUUACUCCUUCCCCCCACCAGCCUCUCUCGCCUACCUGGACCUACCGUUGCUUCCACCUACGGAGUGAUGCUCCUCCUCCAGACGACCAUCGUCUCCAUCAUCAUUGGGUUUUCAUGGCGCGCCAACUGUAUCUACGGACCUCAGAGAGACCAACUAGAAAAGGAACAAUGCAAGAAACACAUGAAAUGUCACUAAUCCCAAAUAAAACAACAUUUUUUCAAUCACAAUGACCACGACGGAGAUUUUUCCACUUGCUAACAGAACGAUCAGCGAAAAACUCCUCUCUGAUUCUGAGUGUUGUCAAGCUUUCAUGAGGAUAAACUGGGGGCAAGAAGAGGUGAAAGGAUUGUACUCUGGGUUCUGAGUGGGUAUUAAAAGUCUAUACCAGUUUUCUUUUUUUUUAACCAACCUUAGAGCUGCUCUGGCAUGUUCCAACAGGAUGUGUGAGCAUUGGCGAUAACAUCUACCUCUCUGGGCUGUACACAGUACACACAGAGGAAAGGUGUUUCUGCUUAUGAGAGCAAGUCAUUUGAACUUUUUGGUGACCAUUCAGAGGGACUAUUUUCUUUCAUUUCUUUAUUUUUUUCCUUCACACUUCCCCUUCCUCUGACCCUGAACAGUAUGGUUCCCCAUAUCCUCUGCUAUGACUUCAGUUGAACUCAUUGUUCCAGGCUGAAUUAACCCAAUGUGGCUUUUGUUAACUCUACCUUCUCUUCCUCUGAUUUUCAGAAACAUUCAUAGGCAGUCUCAUUUCCUCUUUGUCGAGCCCUGCAGCAGGAAGUGGGGCAGCCUUGCAGACAAUAGCAGAAAUAGCUUGGACCUCAUGAGUCUUACAGCAAAGCACUUUCAAGGGGGAGUUGGUAAAACCAAACCCCGUCAUUAAUAAGCCAUGUUCAAAAGGAUGCAUAACAUUUUGAAGCAUAUUUGAGCAACUUUUUGGGUUGUUUAGAUGCGAAACAUAACUUUAGUGCAUUGAAUGCAUCUGCUGCUUGUGCGACUAGUUUUGCACAGAUUAUGUUCAGACUGCUGAAAGCCGUUUAGUUUAUGUCAAGCAGAUCUCUCUGCUACUGUAGAGUCAAUUGUUUGAGAGUAUAUCCAAUGGCUUGCGUUGCGAAAGUCGAUGUAUUAAGGAUGAUAACACAGAGACUGCUUGUUUGCUGAGGUUUGCUAUGUCAUCACGACCUCUCAGAGCAGAAGCCAUAGCAGGGAGAAGCUGUAGUCGAAUUAGUACGAGGCCGAGAAUAUAUUUGCUUUGUAUUUUGUGUUUGUUUGGCGCAUCGUUUGUGCACAUCCUCAGAUAUUAGUGCUACGUGUUUGCAGGCUGCAAAGUAACCAGUAGGGGGCAGUGUAGAGACCAGUCUGACCAAAUGUAAAGCUGUAAAAAUGACAGGCGUGAUUAGUUUAGGAGCCUACGUUCCAUAUACAAUACAACUGCUGUCAUUUUUAUCUGCCAUGAUGUCAAAAUUAACCAGUCACUAAUCUCCUCUGUUGUCUCCAUGCUAAUCGUCUUGUUUACGCCCUACAAAUUCAGCAAUCCUAUCCAGUCUGAGUUCUCUAAUACACCCCCUGGUGGAAUCCUCUGGUAACAACUGUAACAAAGCCAGUCGGCUACGGAAACACAAAGUUGGAAAGUAAAUGUAUUUUUGGCCUUACUGUAGUCCGUCAGAAGGAACUUGACUCUGCAGUUGCUGCCAUAUUUAAGCCAUAGAGUUUUUUCUAAUCUGUUCUGAUUGUCUAGUAGGUGUUAUAGUUGGUUAGCUAAAUAUAUAAAAGAAAGAAUUUUAAGGCAAUGGGCUAAAUAUGCUGUAAAGAACAAUAUCAUGUGAUAUUACGUGUUUCAUGAGAACGACAUAAUCCAAGGCCGUGACAUUAUGUAGAUGAAAUGCUGACCUAAUUUUAGGAGCUACUAUAUCUCUUUAUUCAGCUUUCAGUUGCAUGACACAAGGCUCGGCCUUAUAGCUUAGCAAUGUUUCUGUGCUGUGGGAUCACUUCCUGUCUUGACUCCUGUCUUCAAGCGUUCUGACUCAAAUCAAACCUUGUUUUGUCACGUAAAGUUCGGGAUUAGAUUUUACUGUUUUAGAUCACAUCCACAUAUUUCAUGUCAUUUAAGGGAAAAUGGAUGUUUAUGUUAGCAUAGUAAGCUGACAGUCUGAAAUAGAUAAAAAGUCUGUUAUGUAUGUCUUAUCAGUGACUGUAUGUGGAGCCCUGGUAUAUUGUAAAUUGAGUAUCAUGUUCGUCCAUCUAUUACGUAUUCCAUCUUUUUCCUGUUGGGCAUUAUGUGAUGCACAUGUGGCAAAAAGAGGCAAACUUUCCUUCUGCUGCUGCAUUCAGGUGCACAUCCAAUGUGUUAGAGGCACCCUCGGUCAUCAGGGAUGCUGAGAGAAACUAGUGCUGGGCGGUAUGACCAAAAUUAUAUCAUGGCAACAUUUUCCACUGAUUGAUCAAUUUUAUUGCCAUGAGAAUUUUAUAUUGUACAGAAAACAAAAAAGCAUUUUAAUGUGAUCUUCGUUCUGAAUCUGUCUUCCUCCAGAGAACUUAUCAGAAGCAGGACUUUGACUGUAUGCAUUGUGGUGUGCUGGUUCUCCCUCCACCUCUUAUGCUUUCCUUGGCUCCUCUAGCACAGAGGUUCCCAACCGAUUUUCCUUGAAGACCUCCUUCAUGCAACAACCGAAAAGACCCCCUCCCUGCUCCAGGCUAAAACCAAACAUGGCCUUUGGGAUCUACUGGUCUCACUUGUGUGUCCUCCAUCGUUUUCCGUUUUACCUGAUGAUGUGGAGGAUGCUGGUCUUAGUUUCAGACAUUCUUGCUUCUCCAAAGCAUGUUUGCAGCCACGGUGGUGCAGCAGGAUGCUUGUUUAUCUGGACACCAUCUUCAGGAACCAGUAAUUUGGUCCACGUCCUACCUUUUAAAACCAAAGUAUCUCCAUGACUACAGAUACGUUGUCAUGUCCAACGUCUGCUUCACUUUCCGAACUUUCUCCGUCCAUUUUUACCGUUAGCAUCGCCAGUAACAGCUGCUCUGCUGCAGGUUUAGUGGCUAAAUGGUGCAGCAGUGAAAAGCCAAGCCAACUUUAUUUAUAAAGCAUUUUACGACAGCAGCUACUGAACAAAGUGCUGAACAUAAUAUAAAAACAGCAAAACAUUAAAUAAAAGACAAGACAAUAAAAAGGAUCCAGAAAAGGGUCCCCCCUCAGUUUUUUUUCUGUUAUUCCUACAAAUUAAUACAACAAAUAUGAAAACUAGUUUUUGGUGGAACCACUGUACCACCCAGCACCAGUGUAACCCAGCCUGACUUCUCUUUGUGAUGUUGUCCACAGUAACAUUUAAAAUUGUAAUAUUUUUACAAAUAUGUAGAAAACACGAUUUAAUGUUGGUCAUUGUAUAAUUCUAGAAUUUAUAUUCUAAAAUCUGCACAUUUACCUGCAUUCAGUUGCACAUGAGAGAAUGAUCAGAAGUGGAAAGGGUGAUGUUGCAUAUCUUCGUUGGAGAAAUGAGUACUGAGGGACCAUGUUGAGUGGUUGUGAUAAUCAUGCUGUUAUUGAGCACUUUAGAGCAACUUUAAAGCUCUUAAAAAUGUUUUUUUAUGCCUUGUUUCCACAUGUGUUUCUGCGUGCAGAAUGACGUCUCCAGCAAAACGAUCUGAAGCUGUGGACGCUGCAGAAUUUCCACAUUCUUGUUUACAUCUUUCUCCUGCUGCUGCAGUGAAGCUUCCAUCCCUUUGUGUUUCAUAUGUGAUCUUUGGGCUGAACACGUGUGGAAAUGAGGCUUUGUGUCAGGCCUGUUGUACUGUAUUGUUUCAGCACAUUUCAGGUUUAAGGCUUCCCAACACGCGGUCAGAGUGAUUCAUCAGAUACUGAUACAGCUGAUGUGGAAGCAAUGUUUCUACCUCUAUACAGCAUUCGUAUCAGUCACGGCGUGGCUGAGAAGAAACAUGGCUGAAGCCGACUUCGUCCCCUCUCAAACUGUCGCACUGGAAUCUACUCAUGUUUAAGCAGUACUUAGUAUGUGAAUGUUAGACUUACAGACUGGUGUAUUUUACCUAGCCAUGUACUCAGGGGUGACUCAAGAGUGACUAAUAUAUUAUUUAGAUGUGCAUUUAAUUAUGAAUUACUAGAGGAGGCUAAUUCUACUGCUCUGUGUUUGUUAGUGCCGAAAAGUGAAGAUCCCUCCUCCACUGUGUAAAAUGAGUUUUAAAUAGCACAAAUAAUCUAUAUCAUUUGAGUUUUACUGAAUAAAUCACACAGAGAACA